CACAUCAUCGAUGCAUCACUGUCGUCCCCGUACAGAUAUAUCGAUGCACAACACCCGCUCGGCACCAACCAUGCACUCCAUCUAAACAUACAACAACAACAACAACAACGACAAGUCAUGAUCAUUCUCUUCAGCCAUGCUGCACCUCGCUGAAACGACCAACCCAUGGGGCGGUCACUCGUGGGUAGGCGACAGUCCAUCUGCCGUUACCCUCGACAACCGCCCCCUCUACGAACCCGCCACCGGCCCAGAAACCACCGCCUCCCGGGGCGUUUGUAGCAAGCUCUUCCACUCCUCUCUCUUCGACGUCGGCAUCCUCCGCGACACCCUUCUCCCCUCCAUAACUUUCCACUCCGGCCUCAGCUUGAUCGCCUACGGCGCCGGCCGCCUCACCGACCGUCUCGAGACCAAAGACUGGCUCUGGCCCGCCGGCCAGGUCCUCAACGCGUGGUGGUCCGCCCUCGGCAAGCGCGUCAUCUGCGACGGCAUCCCGCUAUACUGCUCCUGGGCCAUCAUCGACCGCCCGCAGCGCCUGCUGCUCGCGGGCGUCACCCUCUGGGGCAGCCGGCUGUUCUGGCGCAUCGCAAGCCGGAGCGUCAAGCGCGGCGGGGACGAUCCGCGGUAUGAGGCGACCAAGAAGCAGCAUGGAUGGUCGUGGAACAAGGCGCUGUUUACCACCUAUCUCCCUGAGGCGCUGUUCCAGAGCUUGAUCACGUUGCCGUUUACCGCGCCCUUCCGGCACUUGGUUGGGUCGGAUGUGCCCGGGCCGUUUGCGACGCUGUCGGGCGGGUAUGCGGCGGUGGUAGAGGCUGUGGCUGUGGGACUGUUCAGUAUGGGUUUUGCGCUGGAGGUUUUGGCGGAUUGGCAGCUUGACACGUUCAAGGAGAAGGAGAAGAGUGGCCAGGAGAGCCCUUCGGCCAUGUGCAGAGAGGGAGUCUGGAGCAUUGUCAGACAUCCAAACUACCUCGGCGACAUGCUAGUCCACCUCUCCUUCCCGCUCCUCCUCUGGUCCAGCAACUCCCUGCAGCCCAUCCACCUCCUCGGCCCGCUGACUAACUACAUCUUCCUCCGCUACGUGUCGGGCGACAAGGAGAACGAGCACAGCCAGGCCCGCCGCUACAGCACCGAGAACGUCAACAAGAAGAUCGACUUUGACAAGUACCGUCGCGAGGAGAACGCCUUUUGGCCCGACAAGUGCCAGGUCUCCAACAAGUGGACCUGGAUUGUAGUCGGAGCAGGUGUGGCCGGUGCCCUUGUAGAGGGGCUGGUGACGCAGCUGAUCGCGUGACUCGCCAUAGGCUGGAAAGCUGUAGGAAUGGGCUUGGUAGCCAUGGAAAUAGGUUUGAGCAUUGGUUCCGAGUUGGGAUUCAACGAGGUCAUGGUGUUGGCCAAGGAGGGACAGGAUGUGGCAAAAUUGUUGGCUGGCAGUGGCCUUGACUUGACGGAUUUCUUCGCCUGAAAGGGGUUUUCUGGUUGGAAAUGUUGUAGGAUAUUGUAGGAUACUGUUAGGAUAUGGUGUGUAGGAUAUGGAACGCUUGGAGGAAGAGGCGGUAUCUCGUUUGGUGGAUGUGGUUUGGAUGGACGUAAUGGCCUGGUUUGGAGUAUUUGGAUAAUUAGUAGUAUCUUGAAUGACCAGAAACGAAGCAUUUCUCCAACCCUCUAGUCCAUCAAGUCGUUCGGUCGCUGAUGAUAGAUAGGCCUUGACAGUCCGAACAGCGGAACUAAAACGGGAGAAAUGUUUUCGUCAUCGGUGUCUUCAGUUGCC